AGUCAUGCAAACAGAAUUUCAAAGUUCACAAACACACCGUCAUCUGAAAGAACACCUAUAUGAGAUGAUAAUAGAAUAUUUUGACAAAGGAAAGAUGUGGGAAGAAGCAAUAGGCUUGUGCAAAGAACUAGCAGAACAAUAUGAAAUGGAAGUUUUUGAUUAUGAACUUCUAAGCCAAAACUUGAUUCAGCAAGCCAAAUUUUAUGAAAACAUCAUGAAAAUUCUGAGGCCUAAACCAGAUUAUUUUGCUGUUGGAUAUUAUGGCCAAGGGUUCCCCACAUUCCUAAGGAAUAAAAUGUUCAUUUAUCGAGGCAAGGAAUAUGAACGGAGAGAAGACUUUCAAGCACAACUGAUGAGCCAUUUUCCAAAUGCUGAAAAAAUGAAUACUACUGCACCCCCUGAUGAGAAACUGAGGAAUGCUGCUGUUCAACAUAUACAAUGCUUCACUGUGCAACCAGUUUUGGAGGAACAACUUCGAUUCAAAAAUAAGCCGGUGCCUGAUCAAGUAAUCAAACUACAAUUAGUCCCUUGGAGAAUGCCAUUGAAACAAUGUCCAUGACAAAUGAGAAGAUUCUGACGAUGAUCAAUCAGUAUCAAAGUGAUGAGAACCUUCACAUUAACCCUCUGUCCAUGCUUCUGAAUGGAAUUGUUGAUCCAGCAGUCAUGGGAGGGUUUGCUAAGUACGAAAAGGCUUUCUUCACAGAUGAGUAUGCUAGGCAUCACCCACAGGAUCAGGAGAAACUAAACCGACUCAAAGACCUGAUUGCUUGGCAGGUUCCAUUUCUUGCAGCUGGAAUUAAGAUUCAUGAAAGAAGAGUAUCAGAUAGCCUUCGUCCUUUCCAUGAACGUAUGGAGGAAUGUUUCAGGCACUUAAAGGUUAAAGUAGAAAAACAAUAUGGAGUCAGAGAAUUGCCGGAUUUUGAUGACAGACGGUUAGGCCGACCAAAAUCUAUGCUGAGAUCGUAUCGUCAGAUGUCCAUUAUUUCAAUGUCCUCCAUGAAUUCUGAAUGCGGUACACCAAACAAGACUGCUGGAGAAAGCUUUGAACUCGAAGUCAUGUCACCCAAGGCAACCGAAUCUGUGUCAGAAGAAAAUAGCCGUUCCAUAAGCAGGCAGCCUGAAGUGAAAAUGAGGAAAGGCCGGAAGAAAGAAAAGCGAAGCAGCGUCAUACUGCCAGACAAAAAAUCUUCUGACCUUCCUGAUAUGAAAUGUCUGUCAAGAAAAUAUGAAUUUAUGAGUGAUACCAACCUUUCUGAACAUCUGGAUGUCCCUCAGAAAACAUCUGUUCUUCUCAAGCAAAUGAGUUUUGCCAGCCGUUCUAUGCCAACCAUACCAGCUUUAACUCUAUCCAUAUGCCCAACACUGGAAGAAACAAAUGUGUCACAGAAAAUCAGUCAGACAAGCAUUCCACCCAUCUUGGAAACAGAAAAGAAAACUCUAAAAAGGAAGAAAGUGAACCAGCUCUUCAAAACAAUAUACAAGUCCAAGCAACCUGAAGAUGGAAGGUGUACGAGUGAACGGCAAUCUGAUGUCUCAGAGCUGUGAAUAAAUUCCACUGUUUGAAAGAAAAUAAUUAUAGGCAAAUUAAAAAAAACCAAUUCUAAAUUGGAAAUGAAGGUUUGCUUACAAUGUUGAUAAUGUAUAUAAAAUCAUUUGUACUAUCAGUCAAAACCUAAUGCUGUUGCAUUCAUAAAUGUGUGACUUUGGUGAUAUGCAAGAUUUGUUAAUCUGUUCUUAAUCUCAAUACG